CACAAUUUUAGGUCAGGUUCAUUAGAAAGUAGAUAGGGUGUACUCCGUCCGUGUGAAUGAUCGCUACCGAUCUAGUUUGUCAAAUCUAUGGAUAACGGUUUUUUAAAGUGUACAAGUUUUAAUCGGUGAGGAAUAAGAUCUUCAGUCACACUUGAUGAACAGAGUUGACCCUCCAAUGAACAUCCUAGACCAAGGGGUCGGUGAGGGGUCGCCGGUCCAGAGAUGGUACGAUGGACGGACCGUGUUGGUCACAGGAGGCACGGGGUUCAUGGGGAAAGUCCUGGUGGAGAAACUCCUUCGAAGCACCUCAGUGGCCGUAAUAUAUCUCCUGGUGCGGCCGAAGAAGGGGAAGUCAGUACAGCAGAGAUUCUCCGAGCUCUUACAGGAUGCGAUCUUCUCGAAACUGAAAGACAAAGACAUUCGGAGACGGGUUAUAGCUGUGGAAGGCGAUACUUCAGCCCUUGGUUUAGGGCUGUCACCUAAAGAUGCCAAACUACUAAGAGAAGAGGUGGAGAUCGUCUUCCACAGUGCAGCAACGGUCAGGUUUGACGAGGCCCUGAGUCAAGCCAUUGCCACGAACGUCCGGGGAACGAAAUUCGUCAUUGAGCUGGCGAGAGAGUGUCCUAGGCUCAAGGCAUUCGUCCACAUAUCAACUGCUUAUGCAAACUGCACACAAAACGAAAUAGAGGAAGAUUUCUUUGAGCCUCCGAUCAGUGGAGACAAAGCCAUCAGUUUGUCUGAGUGCCUCACGGAGAAGCAGCUUUCGGAAAUCUCAACGACGCUAUGUGGCGAAUAUCCGAACACAUACGCUUUUACCAAGGCCAUAGCUGAAAAUGUCAUCAACGUUUAUGGUAAGGGUCUGCCAGCAGUUGUCUUCCGCCCAUCCAUUGUGGUGGCAACUGCCCGAGAACCAAUCUACGGUUGGAUAGACAACAUGUAUGGUCCCACCGGUGUACAGUGCGGGGUUGGUGCUGGGUUGUUACGAACUUUCGAAGUCAAUGAAAAAUGUGCGGCUGACCUGGUGCCCGUGGACAUGGCUGUCAAUGCCAUCAUCGCAUCAGCCUGGGACGUCAGGGACACGAAAGAAAUGCGUGUGUACAACUAUGUGUCGUCCUGUCAAAACCCAAUCUACUGGGGUCAGUUCAUAGAGGUGGCACUGCGCCAUGGUAGGGACAACCCAACAGUCAAAGCUAUCUGGUGGUACACCAUAUCAACCACCAAAGUGCACCUUCUCUACCUGAUGUACCAGUGGCUACUUCACCUGAUACCGGCUCUCUGCAUAGACAUGUUCCUUGUCGUCACUGGGAAAAAGCCGAAGUUAUGGUCGGUUUACAAGAAGGUUCAUAAGUUUACCAAAGUCAUCACCUACUUCAGUAAGAGGCAAUGGCUGUUCCACAACGACCGAAUGAUUAGACUCUGGGAUAGCUUAGAUCCUCAAGACAAAGAAAUCUUCAAUUUCGACAUCUCCGCGUUGGACUGGGAUGACUUCUUGAAGAACACCAUCACUGGCCUUCGAUGCAAUUUCUUCAAGGACAAGCCCGAUACUCUUCCAGCUGCAAAGAGGAAACAAUUCAUGUUUUUCAUAGUUCAUCAAUUGCUCAAGUUUUUGCUCAUCGGAGGCGUCAUUUGGCUAUUUUGGAAAAUAUUCUCAACGGUUCUCUCCAUCUGAUGUGCCACAUCUCAAAAACUUACUCAAAAGGCGAUUUUUGCGGUAGGAAGUGUAAAAGCCAAACCGUGAGUGAUAAAAGUGUAUAUCAACCAAACUAGUCCGUGUAAAAAGUAGGGUUACAUAAUAAUUAUACUAUUUUCCUAUAAAAUAAAACACAAUUGUUGAAAUUUU